CGGGCGCGGGGCGGGGCGCCGCCGCGGCGCUGCGUGUGCGGGAAGACGCUGCCUGGGCUGGCGCCGCUAUUUACGCAUCGGUGCCGGGGCCGGCGGACGGGCGCCGCCGUCCCCCUACUCCUGGCCGGGCUACUGCACCAGGAGUUCUUUGCAACAUGCCUUCUGGAUGGAGCUGGGUGGUACACAUCUUAUAUUUUCUCCUGAGUAUUUGCUGUCUUCGAGGUGCAGGUGCACUUGUACAGUCAUGUGGUUACAUCACUCCAGAGUCUCCAGUGUUGGCCAUUGGCUCCAGUUUCACAGCAUGGUGCAUUCUCAAUGAGAGUUGCCUUGACUAUGGCAAUAUAUAUGCCAGUCAGAUUAUAUGGAAAACUAAACGUUCUGUAGUACCUAAAGAACAAUAUCGUGAAAUAAACAGAACUGUUUCCAGCGUCACGUUCAAUGACACCUCUACAUUAGCCACUCCUCUGACUUGCAACAUUUUAGCAGAUGGACAUCUUGAACAGAAUAUCUAUGGAAUUGAUGUUAGAUUGGGCUUGCCCCCUGAGAAACCUGAAAAUUUGAGUUGCAUUGUGCAUCAAACAUCAAGAAGUAGAUUUUCUAUGAAUUGUACCUGGAAUCCUGGACGAGCUACUUUCCUGGACACCGAAUUCUGGUUAAGAACUCGAUGGCCUCAAGAAACCUUUAAUGACUGCAAAGCAGCAGUUGUAAAUAAUUCAUGUCUCAUUCCUGAUGUCCAGUUCUUUGUUAACCUGGAGGUCUGGGUGGAAGCUAAGAAUGAUCUUGGGAUGAUGGAAUCUGAGCACCUUCUUUUUGAUCCUGUAGACAUGGUGAAACCUCUGCCUCCACAGAAUUUAUCAGUCACUUCAGGAAUACUACCCACUGUGUUGAAACUGUCAUGGGAGAAUCGAAUUAUACCAGCAGAGAUGGAGCUGAAAUUCAAUAUUCUAUACAAGAUCAGUGACAGCCCAGAUUGGAUGGAAGUUCCACCUGAAGAUACAGCUUCCACAAGAACUUCGUUCACUGUUCAAGGCCUUAAGCCUUACACAGAGUAUGUGUUUUCGCUUCGGUGUAUGAAGAGAGAUGGACUGGGCUAUUGGAGUGACAGGAGUGAAGAAAAGAGUGGGGUCACAAUUGAAGAUAGACCAUCUAAAGGGCCACCCCUAUGGCGGAAGAUAGAUACUUCUCACUCACCAGCCUCCUGGACUGUGCACCUCAUGUGGAAGGAGCUUGAUCAUUAUGAAGCCAAUGGGAUAAUCUUGCAUUACGAAGUGACUAUCAAAGCAAGAUCGCCUCUGUCACGACCACUUGAAAAACACAGUGUUAACACCACAAACUUGACUUUAGAGUUACCAAAGGGGACAUAUGAUGUAACAGUGACUGCUCAUAACAGCGUUGGUUCAUCUCCUGCAUCGGUUUUACUUAUCCCAGCAAGCAACUCAAAAGCUUCUGUGAAAAAUGUUAGAGCAGCUCCUCAUGCUGGCAGGCUGUGGGUACACUGGAUUGCUCCCAACAGCCAUGUGGCGAAGUAUGUGAUUGAAUGGUAUGAGAUGUCUAAUAAUUCCAGCUAUGUCACUGAAUGGCAGCAGGAGCCUGGCAGUUCUCAGAGCACAUUUCUAAAAGGAGAUAUAAAACCAUUCAAGUGUUACCAGAUAACUGUGUAUCCAUUGUAUGCUGAUGGUCAAGGAAAUGGUCAAUCUACAAAAGCUUAUCUUAAGCAGGACUAUCCUGUAAAAGGACCAACCAUUCAGACAAAAAAAGUAGGAAAAACUGAAGCUAUUUUAACAUGGAAGCAUCUCUCAGUGGAUGAUCAAAAUGGGUUUAUCAAAAACUACAUUAUCUUUUACAAAACUAUCAGUGGGAAUGAAACAGCUGCGAAGGUGGAUCCUUCCAAAACGGAAUAUACCCUCUCUUCCCUAUCCAGUGACACUUUGUACACAGUGCGGAUGGCAGCAUAUACAGAAGUAGGAGGCAAAAGUGGUCCUGUAUUUACAUUCACUACACAAAAGUUUGGAAAGGGAGAAAUUGAAGCCAUAGUCGUACCUGUGUGUCUAGCAUUCCUGAUGAGUGUCCUUUUGGGAGUUUUGUUCUUUUUUAACAAACGGGACUUAAUUAAAAAGUAUAUCUGGCCAAACGUGCCUGAUCCUUCCAAGAGUAACAUUGCUCAGUGGUCCCCUCAAGCUCCAGCGAAGCACAACUUUAGUUCUAAAGAUCAGAUGUACCCAGAAGGCAGUUUUACUGAUGUAAGUGUGGUUGAAAUAGAAGCUGAUGACAAGAAGUCUUUUUCAGAACAGGAUCUAAAACCUUUUGACUUGCUUAAAAAGGAGAAAAGUACUUCAGAGGGGCAUAGCAGUGGUAUUGGAGGAUCCUCAUGCAUGUCUUCUCCUAGACAAAGUGUUUCUGACAGUGAUGAAGGUGAAUCUACGCAAAAUACUUCGAGCACUGUACAGUAUUCAACUGUAGUGCUCAAUGGCUACAGAGACCAGAUUCCUUCUGUGCAGGUUUUCUCAAGGUCUGAAUCUACCCAGCCUCUGCUCGAUUCAGAAGAGAGAUCAGAAGACAAUCUAGGUGAUGCUACAUCACCAAGACAUCAGUAUUUCAAGCAGAAUUGCAGUCAAGAUGAAACUAAUCCAGGUGAGUCGCAUUUUGAAAGAGCAAAGCAAAAUACUCCUCCAAUAAAUGAGGAGGAUCUUGUUGGACUUCCACCAAUGCAGAUUUCAGGUCAGAGUUCACAGUCAUAUGGCUUUGAGCCACAGAAGAAUAUGCAGGAAGCUGCUUUGGCAGGUGCUUUAUUCCCAAGUACCGAAGGGCAGACUGUGAUCCCUGAAACGCUGGGGAUAAAUGCGGCAACAGUUGAGGAAAUGCCAAAAAGUUACCUGCCACAAACUGUAAGACAAGGGGGCUAUAUGCCCCAGUGAGAAGAAAGACCUGCUUUAUUAGGCCUUCACUAGUGCCUGUUCUGUGUUUUGUUUUGUUUUUUUAUCCUGUGUUUCUAAUACAUUAAGCUAAUAUUUAUCUGCUUUCAGAUAAAUAUAUGUGUAUGUAAAGAUUUAUUUAGUCAAGAGACUAUGACAGAGUUCUCUGAGUACUAAUUUCUAUGGGAAACUUCCAGUCCAGACAUACUGGAGAUCAACUUCAUGCACUACAUAUAUUCUUUCUUGUCUGAAUAAUUGGAGAAAACUGUAGUAUAUUUGCAGUUUUGUCUGUUUUUGUGAUGUUGCAUUUAAACUUGACUGAUUGAAAGUAGCAAGUUUAAUUUUGUCACCUAAGCUAAAGGGAUACCAUAAGCUUUCUGGCAGCGUACCACAUUAACCCAUUUUUGGCUAAGCUUGACUGGUCUCUUUCCCCCAAACGUGAAAAAUGGAAGUUCAUGGUUUCAGUCUUGUUUGACCUAUGUUAUCCAGCUUCCAAAAAUACUGGCCUGCACUCAUCACAGACUAAAUUAAUUGGCUUCCCUGGAGUUUAGACCAGGGCUGGGAUUGGCCUAGAGCUGCUGUUUCUAAAGACCUAAUAAAUCAAAGUAUUUUAAGUCCCAUUUUAAAACUGGAAGCCAAAGGUUGUGAAAUACUUGUAAAUUAUAUCGCCAGAUACAAUACCAAAUUUAAUCGCAGCCUAACUCUCAAUGCUGGUAUAGUAAUCAGUGUUCUACCUGCAUAUCUAUGUAAAUCCACAACUAAACAGAGACUUUAUAUAGAAUCUUGUCUUCAAACCAGAACUGAAUGUAUGGCAGGUGAAAUUACAUAUUUAAAAUUUGAAGGAACUCAUAGUUAAGAAGAGCUCCACUCUGUAGAUGAACUGAAUUGAUUGGGGGUUUUUUUAAGUUUGAAUAUUCAUAUCACUAACCAAAAUAAACCAUAUCUUGGGUUUUUUUAGAAAUCAUCAUUAUUGUCAGGUACAAGAGCACAUGCUAAACACUUCGGGGUGGGGAAAUGUUCUAUGACAAUAUCUGUUGUAUGUAGAUUUGUCUUUCGCAAAUGUCAAUGAGAGAGAUUUUUUUUUUUCAUGACUACCAAGACUAGUGUUCUGUGACUUCCUUGCCACGGUGUUGUGGUCUCAGUGAAACCAAACACUAUAUAGAGCAGGCAUACUUGCAUUAAUAAAAAUUUUCCACAUCACACCUGUUAAGGCAUUUGCCAUCCUUAUACCUGUUGUAGCUCAUUGCCAUGGCAAAAUUCUGCAGCACACCUGUUCAUUUCUGAUGGCACACUGAUUGGGAAACACUGAUGUAGAGAAAUCUGUUUCCUGCUGUGUUCAGACACUGAUACCCCUCAUACUUCCCAGAAAAGCAGAAACCUGCAGCUAGAAAGCUGACAAAAUGCAUCCUUCCAUCUUCCAUUGAGCUAUAAGCAAUACAUCUGCAUCCUGCUGAUUACAAUUCCUGUUACUUUACUUUUCUUUCCUCUGUUCCCUUCCUAUUUCUAACAUCUUAGAGAACAUAUGCUUAGAGUCCACCCUUAAUCUUUUCCUUAUAAUUCUUACCCGGAAAAAAUCUUUUUAAUGCCAACUCUUCAGCUUAGAAAAAUCAUCUUGGGGGUUUCUUAACCUGAUCCAUCUAGCUUUACAAUUUGGCACUAAGACCUCCUGUAGGUUCUAAAAUUCAUAGGCUACAGUUGGCAACCACUGCUGCUGGUCUUCAGAAUACUUGCUAGUGCUAUCUGUUGUUGGCUGGUUGCAUGGUUCCAACUUCCCUUGUUUUCAUCUGCUAAAUCAUAUUAUGGUAGAUGUUAACAUAGCAACAAUAACAAUUGCUUAUACAGGGAAAUUGGACAAUACCAGUGGAAAAAAGCUGGUCCAUGAGAUUCUCUUCAAAAGCAGUCCAAACUGGAAAAUGGCAAACCUCUGCUUUAGGAUGUUCAUAGCUUCUUGCACUGCAAGGAUUCCUUAACUUUGCUGACCUGUUUCUCUUACUAAUAGCUUGCAGUUUUUGCUACCUAGAAAUUUAACCAAUACAGCUGUACUCUGUAAUUUCAUUUGAAUUCAGAUCUCCUGCUGUCAACAUUUCAAUUAGCUGGUCUUCCAUUCUUGAAUCCUUUUUUUCUUUUGCCUGGGGCACAACAUCAAGGACAUUCAAGAGUUCCCUGUAAGCCAUAACACACAAAAUGGAUCUUGUAAAAUGUAAAGCCUCAACUGAAUGUCUCUGCCAUUAGUUAGAAAUGUACGGUAGCCUGAAAAGAGAAGUGGGCAAUGAGUGGGUGACUAGAGUUGUAAUCUUGUUUCUAAUUACAAGGGUGUUUUGAAAAGUAAUAAACAUUUUUAAAUAAAACCAUUUUUGUACAGUGAGAGAUGAAAGAGCACAGCAGGGAACAUGGAUGGUGAUAUUGUUGAUAUCAUCAUUUACAACUGUAAGAAGUCAUGUGGUCCAGUAAAUGAUAGUUGCCCACAAUGGAAAUGGUGGUAAGUUGCUAAAACACCCUCGUGCAUAAUGGGAAUCCAUUUAAAUUAAAGAUGAUUUCAGAAGAAAAGAAGCAUCUUCUAAGAGCUCCCCCUAGCAUAAUUCUGCUCUGUUACUAGUGGCAUCUUACUGUUCACCACUGCCUACAGCUCAUUAGUAGGUGACUUAGUGUAUUAGGAGGAGAGAACAAAUCCCUCCCAGAAAGCACUCUUUUUCCUUCUAAUUUAAGUCUUUAAAAUAGAUGAGUAUAGAAAAUAGAAGCAAAAAGACUAGAGGGCAAGUAAACAUUUAUGUAGGUCACCAGCUUAUAGCACAUGAUAAGAGCUAUAAGCAUUACAGCUUGUUAAUUAAAUAGUUUUCUCUACCAAAGAGUAGUGCCAUGCAGUGUUCAGCUUUUGACCUGAAAGUAACUUCCUGCUUCUUGAUGGUGUUCUAACUUUUUAUGUUUCGAAAGCACCUUGCAGUUCAAGUAUAUUGGUCAUGACCUUGAAAAAGUUUAAAAAUGUAUGUGGUAUAAUGCAUUGACAAUCCACUUAAGCUUACCUGGUACUUAGCCCCUGGAAUAUUGUUACAUACAAAGGAAUACUUUUACUAUGGUGCACUUUUAAAAAUAAAUACAAGCAUUAUUAAAAUAAAAAUACACUUAACACUGACCAUUUCAUAUCCAUUUUUGAUUGAUUGGUUGCCCACACUGGCACACUUCUGCUGGGGAAACAGAAUAAUAUUGAAGCAUGUUAUUUAUGUGACUGCAGACAAGGAUGGCAAGUGGAAAAUGAAUUGUGUGCACAAGCACACUUUUUAAUUAGCUUGUCACUUGUCUUGUUUCAAAAGAUCUGAUUUUGUUCUUCAUUGUAACAUUAAUGUUCUACAGUCCACAUGCAGUACUAAAAAAAACAAAGGGCAUCUUGGGAGCAUCCUAUCCUUCCUCAUCCUUCCCCCACUCCUGUCCUGGGAACGUGAUCAGGUUACAGCCUGGCCUAAAUAACAGUAGUCUGGAGUAGGGGGGUUCCCAACCUUUUUAGAUCAAGGACCGACAAACCGUGGACUGAAAGUGGCCAUGAACUGGCAGCCAACCCCUGGCUGCUGGACCACCAUAUGUGGACUGUCACUUCCAGUCCACAGUUUGUCGGUCCGCAGUCACUUCUGGUGACACCACGUGGGGCCCUGUGGCUGGCACUUCAGGCUGGAACACCCAUAAAGACACUUUCACCCAGCGGGAGGGAGGGAGGAACCAAACCUCAACCACAGCAGCCACUGCCACAGGAUAGGAUGGGUCAACCCUCCUGUAGACCAGCAGCCAACUCUUCAUGUCCCAGUACCAGGCCAUGGCCUGGGGGUUGGGAACACCUGGUCUAGAACAACACUAAUUUAGGUCAAUUCAUCAAUGGUCCUAAGAGGGUAUUAUGGUGGUUGUCAAAGUACUGGGGGUGGUAGCCAGGGAUUCCUUAAGGGGUAUCUGGAAGAGGUUUGGUGUUGAAGUUGCACAAGUCCUUCAGUACCUAACAAUCCCUCUUCAUGAGGCUGGGACCCAUAGCUGACUUUCUGGCCCUUGCACACCAGCAUUGCAGCUCAAGGUUGAACCUCCAUCAACCACUCAACAAAAGAUGUAGUGGCUAAUGUUAUAAACCCUCAUGUGUUCAGUCAAAACUGCCAUGCAGAAUCUUGGCAGGACAGGAACUAAGUUGUAUCACUUGCAUCAUUGUGGUGUCUAAAACUUCCUUGGCAUAACCUAGAAGAAAUUCCUAAUCUUGUUUGGUUAAACAUGCCAUGUACUUGCUUGCUUCUAGUACAUUUAACAGAGCAAAAAUUCCCUCCCUCCCCCUCACCCCCAUGUACUUGAUUGCUGUCGUCACAUCAACAGUCCUUCCCAGAUAAAUAAAAUUAAUUUGCUGUA